AUGCUUGUCAAACCGGGCAAGUAUAUGGACGUGAGCGGAAGGUGCAAUAUAGAGUAUUUGCAGAACUGGGCUCGUAAGAGUGAGGGAUGUCAUCUGCUUGCUUUGGUCGAAGAGAUGCGAUCGCACUUCUCGCGAGAUCCUCCAGUAUACUCCAAGCCCAAGCAGCCGCAGCCGCCCCAACAGGACUCUAGACCAUCAUCCUUGCCCUCUUCUCCCCCUGCUUCAGCGCAGAGUCUCGACCAACGUCCCGCGCUUCCACCGAAGCCACCCUCAAGCGCGUCAUCCCCUCCCCUGCUUCAACCUGUUCUCUCUAGCGCCCAGCCACCCUUCUCGCACCAUCCCUCGAAUAGCACUCCGGUUCAAAGUGCAAACCCUUCCUCCUCACCGAGGUACCAAUCUCCGGCCCUUCCUCCGAAGCCCCCGACGGCGGCCUUCCCACAUGUACAGCCACUGCAACAUCACUCACACAGCUCGUACACACCACACCAUGAGCACUCGCGCAGCGCAUCCGUCGUAGGUUCACCGGCGCAGUUGUCCGCGCAUCCGGCUCCACUGGCACCGGCACCCGGACCGGCUUCCGCUGUGCAACAGCGUUGGUCGCUCCCGCCGGCUGGCCCGACGCCAGCAUCGCCUCCAUCGGUCCCGUACCAACAGACACCAGCGCCUGCACCAAUAUAUGCACCCGCACCUGCUGUUCCGUCAGGUCCGCCGCCCGGCGCGUAUGCGUAUACGACAGCGGCGGCGCCUACGCCUGCGCAGUCAGUAGUACCUGCGCUUGCCCAACCCGUGAUACCAGCACCAAACCUAUUAGACGAGGAUGACGACUCGGGAUCGGCGCCUACGCCAGCGCCAAACCAAGCGCCUCCGCGGCCUCCCAACCCUGAACUUCUGCGGUUGCACGAGCAAGUUCGGAACAAGCUUGCAGGGGAACUCGCUUCUUUGGCACAUGCACACGCACUUGACGCUGAGCGUCUACGCGCACAUCAACGUGAUUUACUCGCGGGGGAACCCGCCAUCCGUGAUGAGAGUGCACGGUUAACGGCUGUCCGCGAUGUGUGUGGAGGUGUAGCUGCGCGCCUACGCGGCGCCGUUCAAGCCGCAGAAGCAAAUGUUGCCGAGCUCAGACGUAAGGGCGACCCGCCUGUAGACGAGCUCGUAUGCGCGCCCAGCAUUGUACACAAUCAGCUGAUCGACCUCGUCGCGGAGGACAACGCCAUCGAAGAUACGAUAUACCAUCUCCACCGGGCUCUCAACGCCGGACGCAUCGAUCUUGACCGGUUCCUGCGAACAACACGAUCGCUCGCAGAAGAGCAGUUCAUGAAGCGUGCGCUCGUCGAGAAGAUACAAACCGCUUUGCCUGCCUCGCGGUCGGGCUGGUCAUAG